AUGAGUCUCGUAUGCCUUGGAAACCCAUUGCUUGACCUCCAAUUAAAUGUGAGUGAAGAGUACCUCAAGAAAUACGACUUGAAGGAAAACGACGCUAUUCUUGCUGAAGCAAAGCAUUUACCAAUCUAUGAUGAAAUCAUUGGUGAGAAAGAUUUGAUAUUAGUUGCUGGUGGUGCAGCGCAAAACACCGCUAGAGGUGCUCAGUACCUCCUUCCUCCCAAUUCGGUAAUUUACUUUGGCUCAGUAGGUAAUGACGUUUAUGCGGAGAGAUUAAAUGAAGCAAAUGUAGUAUACGGUCUCACCACGAGGUACCAAAUCCAAAAAGAUUAUGCUACUGGGAAAUGUGCUGCAUUGAUUACGAACCAUAGUAGAUCUCUUGUCACUGAUCUUGCAGCUGCCGAUCACUUUACUCCGGAUCAUUUGCAAAAACCCGAGAAUUGGACCUUGGUAGAAAAUGCCACUCAUUAUUAUAUUGGGGGAUUCCAUUUAACAGUAUCUCCUGAAGCAAUAAAACUUCUUGGUGAGGAAGCUGUUAGCAAGGGCAAACCACUUGCACUCAACUUCUCUGCUCCAUUUAUUGCCCAGUUCUUCAAGGACCAAUUAGAUUCAGUCUUGCCCUAUGUCGAUUACGUCAUUGCCAAUGAAUCUGAAGCCGAGGCUUAUGCGCAAUCGCAUGAUCUCAACACUAAAGACGUUGCAGAAAUAGCCAAACACGUUGCCAAAUUACCCAAGAAGAGUAAACUUCCUCGUGUAGUAAUUUUCACUCAAGGAACAGAUCCAACCAUUGUUGUGAGUAGUGAAGAUUUACAAGUGAAACAAUACCCAGUUAAGCCAUUAGCAAAGGAGAAAAUCGUUGACACAAAUGGUGCGGGAGAUGCAUUCGCUGCUGGGUUUAUGGCUUCACUUGUUGAGGGUAAGGAAUUAGCAGAAGCAAUUGAUGUAGGACAAUGGACCGCGGCAUUGUCGAUUCAACAAGUUGGACCUACUUUCCCAUUCCCUAAGGAGAAGUACAAUAAGGAAGAGAAUUAA